CGUAGUCGGCCGCGCGCGGGAAGGAGCGGACGCCACCAUUGGACGCCACCACGCAAAAUAAUCAUCAUAAUGUUUUGUUCCCCCCCCUCCCCUUCUUCUCUCUCAGAUGAAAGCGAUGAGGGUGAGGAGGCGGUCACGGAGCUAUGCGGGACAGCAUCACUGACUGUGGAGGAAGAGGAGGAGGAGAAGGAGGGACAUCGUGCGCGCGCCCUCCUCGCCGGAGAGCGCUGAUUCACGGCUCGGCGGCGGAGCGAGAGCCGCUGCGAGCAUCCAUCACCGCUCCGCUCAGUCCCGCCAGACGCGAGGAGGUUCUGUGGGUAGGAGGACAUCACCGCCAACACCACCACCACCACCAUUACCACCACCACCAUCACCAGGGAACCAAGGCGAGCACCUCCGGCGAAUCCGAUCCAAGACGCCGCUCACUGGGGGAUCUGAGCCGGCUUGAGGGAGGAGGAGGGGGGGUGUCCGCGUGAAUUUUAAAUUUUUUGUAGGGGAGGAGGUGGUCCAGCUUCGACACGAGCUAUCCAGGUGGUCGAAGUUAAGGCCCAGUGCUGGAUUGCAGUGCAGUAAGACCCUUGAGACCAAGGAGGGUGCAUGGAGGGCUCCAGGCUUCUAAGUCCGGGGUGUUUGGCCUGCCUCUGGUUUGGACUGGCCUCGGCAGCGGCCCGGGCCACCCCGAGCUCGCCGCUGAACCCCGACAACGCAACGUGCUCGGGGAACUCCAAGUGCAGGCCCGGCAUCAUCCUGCCUAUUUGGUACCCAGAGGACCCGUCCAUGGGCGACAAGAUCGCGCGGGUUAUCGUGUACUUUGUGGCCAUGAUCUACAUGUUCCUGGGUGUGUCCAUCAUCGCUGACCGCUUCAUGGCAGCCAUCGAGGUCAUCACGUCCCAGGAGAAGGAGGUGGUCAUCCGGAGGCCAAAUGGCGAGACCACCACGGCCACCAUCCGCGUGUGGAACGAGACGGUAUCCAACCUCACCCUCAUGGCGCUGGGAUCCUCCGCCCCGGAGAUCCUGCUGUCCAUCAUCGAGGUCUGCGGGCACGAGUUCAAAGCUGGCGAGCUGGGGCCGUCCACCAUCGUAGGCAGUGCUGCCUUCAACAUGUUCGUCAUCGUGGGCCUGUGCGUGUCUGUCAUCCCCCAGGGCGAGGUGCGCAAAGUCAAGCACCUGCGGGUGUUCUUCAUCACGGCCGGCUGGAGCAUCUUUGCAUAUAUUUGGCUCUACAUGAUCCUGGCUGUCUUCUCACCCAACGUGGUGCAGGUUUGGGAGGGCCUCCUGACGCUAGCCUUCUUUCCCAUCUGCGUGCUGCUGGCCUGGGUGGCCGACCGCCGACUGCUCUUCUACAAGUUCAUGCGCCGGAAGUACCGUUCCGACAAGCACCGUGGUGUCAUCAUCGAGACUGAGGCGGAGCGCUCCUCCAAGGGCAUCGAGAUGGACGGGAAGAUGGUCAACUCCCACUUUAUGGACGGCGGCGUCAACCUGAUGGGCCCGGCAGAGGGCAGGGAGGCAGACGAGUCCCGCCGUGACAUGAUCCGCAUCCUCAAGGACCUAAAGCAGAAGCACCCGGAGAAGGAGCUGGACCAGCUGGUGGAGAUGGCCAACUACUACGCUCUGUCCCACCAGCAGAAGAGCCGCGCAUUCUACCGCAUCCAAGCCACGCGCAUGAUGACGGGCGCCGGCAACAUCCUGAAGAAGCACGUGGCCGAGCAGGCUAGAAAGUGCACCAGCAUGGCAGAGGUGCGCGUGGACGAGCCCGAGGAGUACGUGUCACGCGUGGCCUUCGAGCCUGCCGCCUACCAGUGCCUAGAGAACUGCGGUGCUGCCAUCCUCACCGUCACCCGGCGGGGCGGUGAUAUGGGCAAGACCGUGUGCGUGGACUACAAGACGGAGGACGGCUCGGCCAAUGCGGGCGCUGACUACGAGUUCACUGAGGGCACGCUGGUCUUCAAGCCCGGCGAGACGCUGAAGGACAUCAGCGUGGGCAUCAUCGACGAUGACAUCUUUGAGGAGGACGAGCACUUCUUCGUGCGCCUGGGUAACCUGCGCGUGCUGGAGACAGAAGAGGAGCUGCUGUCCGCAAACAGCCUGCCGUACCCCAAAGCGGCGCUAGGCUUCCCCGCCGUGGCCACUGUCACCAUCCUGGAUGACGACCACGCCGGCAUCUUUACCUUUGAGAGCGGCGUGGUGCACGUCAGCGAAAGCGUGUGUGUCAUGGAGAUGAAAGUGCUGAGGACGUCGGGCGCCCGGGGCACGGUCAUUGUGCCUUACCGCACCAUGGAGGGGCUAGCAAAGGGGGGCGGCGAGGAUUUCGAGGACACAUACGGCGAGCUGGAGUUCAAGAAUGAUGAGACCUGCAAAGUCAUUCACGUGAAGGUCAUCGACGACGAGGAGUACGAGAAGAACAAGAACUUCUUCCUGGAGCUGGCCGAGCCUCGCAUGGUGGACACGAGUCUCCAGAAAGACGUUCCAGACAGGAAGUUGACGUCUGACGAGGAGGAAGCCAGGCGCAUCGCCGAGAUGGGCAAACCGGUUCUGGGCGAGCACGCCAAGAUGGAGGUCAUCAUCGAGGAGUCCUACGAGUUUAAGAGCACCGUGGACAAGCUGAUCAAGAAGACCAACCUGGCGCUGGUGGUCGGCACCAACUCGUGGAGGGAGCAGUUCAUGGAGGCCAUCACCGUCAGUGCAGACGAGGACGAGGACGACACGGGCGAGGAGCGUCUGCCGUCGUGCUUCGACUAUGUCAUGCACUUCCUGACCGUGUUCUGGAAGGUUCUGUUCGCCUGCGUGCCGCCCACCGACUACCUGAACGGCUGGGCGUGCUUCGCGGUGUCCAUCGUCAUCAUCGGCCUGCUCACCGCCGUCAUCGGCGACCUGGCCUCGCACUUCGGCUGCACCAUCGGCCUCAAGGACUCGGUCACCGCCGUCGUUUUCGUGGCGCUCGGGACCUCCGUGCCAGACACGUUCGCCAGCAAGGUGGCGGCGGUGCAGGACACGUACGCCGACGCCUCCAUCGGCAACGUGACGGGCAGCAACGCCAUCAAUGUGUUCCUGGGCAUCGGCCUGGCGUGGUCGGUGGCCGCCAUCUAUUGGCACAGCAAGGGCAAGCCCUUCGUGGUGGAGGCCGGCUCGCUGGCCUUCUCCGUCACGCUCUUCACCAUCUUCGCCUUCCUGGCCGUCACGGCGCUGCUGUACCGGCGGCGGGCGCACAUCGGCGGCGAGCUGGGCGGACCCCGCGGGCACAGACUGGCAACGUCGGGCUUCUUCUUCAGCCUGUGGUUCCUCUACAUCCUCUUCUCUAGCUUGGAGGCCUACUGUCAUAUAGAAGGUUUUUAGAUGGGACUUCAGCCAAAAAGGACCAGGAGAGGUACGGUAGGACUUCCGACCCUGCCUUGUCUCUCCUUAAACUCACUUCAAGCCCUUCCUAGGGCUUACACGAAAGGAGGCGCUGCCCACCCUUCGCGGACCUCCAAGGGGAUUGUCCAGAAGAUGCCAAGGAACAAGGUCCAGCGUUCCACUGAAAGGAGACGACUGCAGACUUAUACACGUGGAGAGAGUCUAUUUUUCUCAACAACCUGACCAGGAGCGACACAGUUUUUUUUUUAAAGAAAAGUAUUUUGGCAAUUUAAAAAAAAAAAAAAAAAAAAAAGGCAACAAAACAAUAACAAAAACAGACGUGAUGGAGUCAUAGUCUUUAUUAUUUUUAUUUUUUUGAGCUGCAGAAAUCACAACCACAGACGGUUAUUGAACACGACUUCCACACUAUCUGUAUCUCGCUAUAAAUAUGAUAUAUAGUAUUUCCAUAUUUUCUGUAUAUUUUCAGUGUGCUAACACAAGGUAUGAGGUAUCUGACUACAUCCUGGAAUGACGUCUUGACGUUUUUGAAAGUCACGUGUACUUAUUUUAGUCAUAAAUGAAUACAUAUCUCGCUCUCACGCCGCCGCACACCAUUUCGAUCAGAAAUAAGAAUUAAAAAAGUGUUGCUGCAGGGAUACAGUGGAUACAUUGAGAGAGGUAUUUUUCUACUUUUUCCUUCCAUUGCACUUUGCUGUAGACUUCUAUGUAUGGAGCACUUUUCAAGCAAGAUCAAUUGAUGUUACAAUGGCCCCCUUUUUAAAAAAAAAAUUUCGAAGGCUGCAUUUAAAAAAAAAGAAAUUUUUGCCACUUGGGGACAGCAAACAAGCUGAAAAAAGUAAGAUCUUAAGUGAUUUUUCCACAUCAUUUCAUGCAAAUUACAUAUUUAAUUCAAACUAUUUAAGUAAAUUAUUCUUUUUUUAAAUUAUUUCAUUCGUGGCAUUUUACUUAAUUCAUUUUUAUUAUUUAUUCUUGCCUUUUUUGAAACCGAUCUUAUUUUAUAUUACAAAAAGGGUGGAAGAUAAUAUCACUACUGUAAUAAAAGCACUACUGUAACACCACUACUUAGCAGGCACCUUACCAUUUGUUUUGUUUCAUUUCAUCAAAGUUACCAGGAAGUUACCAUUCAUUAAGAUGGUAUAUUUAUUAUGACAGUAUUACUGUAAUAACACCACUACUUAUCCAGUACCUUCCCAUUUUGAUUCCCUAUGUCUACGGAGCGCUAUGCUAAAUGCUAACUUGACCUAUUUAAACCUUAAAUGCACUCACCAAAGGAGAGUUUUUAUUUUUUCUUUAAUAUACAGUGGAACCUCCAAAGUCCAAAAUGUCAAAAUAAUUUAUAAAGACAAUGAAUUGUCUUUCCAGCCUCAAACUGUCAUAUGCUUUCUAGAAAACAUUCUGUGCAAGGUGUUUCUAUUUUUUUUUUUAUGUGCCAAAAUCCAUAUUCUAAAACUGAAAUAAAGUAAAACUACUCAUCCUUGGGAAAAUGGCUUUAAAAUAAAAGCUCCAAUUUUUUUUCCCACAAACAUCCCAUUUGUUUUUUAAUCGAUUUGUUCUGUCAUCGCUUGUUGAAAAAGUAAAUGACAAUGACCUUAUCCAAAACACGUUUUGUUCAUUUAAAAAAAAAAAUUCAAUCGUGUAUCAAACUAUGGGUCAUAAAUCGAGAUACGGAUCUAAUCUUAACUUUGAUGUAACGUAAUCCUAAUGGUUGUGAUCAUGCUUUUUAUCUUUUUUGCCAUCACCGGUACCCUCCAAAGGAAAAAAAAACAAAAACAAAGAAAAAAUGCACUCUAAAGAAGUCCUGACUUUGAAGGUUCUACUCUAAAGUGCAGUGACACUGUUUGUCCGCCAGGAGCAGUGUUUUGUCUCUUCUUCUUUUCAACUGGAAAAGCUACUGUACAUAGAUGAAACAAAAUGGAAGGUUUCACGCGCUCGAGCUACAUUUGAUCUUUUUGUUAUUUCUCUUUCCGUCACUGAAACCGACAACAUUGACGAUGUUUCUCUCUUAUUAUUUGUGUUUUUUUAAUCUGCGCCAGGAUAUGUGGUGGAGUUAAAAAAAAAAAAAAAAAAAAAAAAAGCAAAACAUCAGUAAUGUGACUUUAUAGGGACCUCACUGGACUUUGUGAGCGUUUCACUUUUAUGGUCUUUUGUAAAAGGGUCGAGGGACUUGGUGGGUUGGGGGGCGGGUCAUAUUUUAAAAGUUUCCAGGGCCUGCCACGAGAUGUCAAAUUUCAAUGGAAAAAAAUGGAAAAAAAAAAUACAGAUUUUUCCAAAGUGUUUUUUUGAAAUUUUAAUUGUGGUUUAUUUUGUUCUCUACUGUGGAAUAAAAUCAGCUUUCUGGUUCACAAGAAAUGAGCAAAUCCUUCUUUUUCAUCGUUUUAUCACUUAUAUUUCCAUUAAAGAAGAAAUAUAUUGUAAAAGUGAUGUUUUAAUGUUUUUAUGAAAAUAGCUGCCACGUGAAAUUCAGUAACCAAUUAAAUCUUAUGUGCCUCCCUUUGCGAUGAUGUGGAGGAUAUGGUUAAAAUGUUAAUUAAUUUGCAUCCUGCAAGUUGAUGGUGUAAAUGAGAUAUGUUCAUGUUUAGUACUGUGUUAAAAGUGUACAGUGAUGUGCUGCGUCGUAUGGUGAGCUGUCCCUAAUAUUUUGACCCCGACUGAGCUCAGGUAAAUAAAUAAUAAUAUUGACUAAUAAUGAUAGUAAAACGUUUCAUGUCAGAUUUUUCACUUUUAUGAUCAAGUACAAAGUAUAUAUCAUUAAUAUGAGAUGUUAAAUUACCAAUUUUUACACACUUGGAAUUGUAAUUGU